CUCUCCGAUUUAAUCCACCGCUUAGAUUCGCCGAUGUCAUUAUCCGGUCGCCGGCGUUCAGUUACCGGCCAAACCAGCACUUAUAUAUUCGACCUUUUAGGCUACAGUCUGGUAAUCUCUGACGAUGAGGAUGAAUCACUCGCUCAAUUCCUUGAAUCCGAAGUUCUCGCUUUCUCCGAUCAGGUUGAUAUGGUUCAGGAUGAAUGGAAGCAACUGGAAGUUGAGGACGAUAAUGAUAAGUUUGGCGUAGAAGAGGAUCAUGUGACUGAGAAAUUAAGAGAUGUGAAGGAUGAGGGGAAAGAGGCGGCGCGAGAGGAGGAGGAGGAAAAUAGAGGAGCAAAGUGGAUGAAAUUUGAGGAAAAACGGGGGGAGAAAAAGGUAAAUGCAUUAUUAUCAUCUCAAUCUCUUGCAUUGCCAAUUGAAUUUAAAGAUGCAGGUGAAUGUGCAUCUUCACCUGCAAAAAUGUGUGAGACUCGUAUGGGCAAGUGUAAUGGUGCUAGUACCAACAACAUAAGACGUGCUCCAAGGUCAAUAGAAACUAGUAUUCUCAGCAAAAUCCCUCCUGAGUUGCUCCAUCACAUUCUCAAGUUCCUUUCCUCAGAGGAUCUUGUUGCAUGUUCAUUGGUCUGUAAGUUUCUAAAUGGUGUUGCUUCUGAUGAAUCCUUAUGGCGUCAGCUGUAUUGCUUGCGAUGGGGUUUGGUGCUCCCAACAAAAAAGCCACGGGAGUGUGCUUGGAAAAAGUUUUACAUCAAGCGUGAUGCAGAUGACAUGGUGGAGUUCGUCAGGAAUUGCCCAACGGAAUUGAAGGAGUAUUACAUCCAAAUGCAAGCUGCUAAAAGAAGCCAAACCCCUCUUCCUUCUCAGGUGAUUAAUAAUGAUGACCGUAUGAUUCUCGAUAAGACCGUUGCUGAUCAAGUCUCUAUUUGGAAAAAAAGCAAAGGUCUUGGUGAUAAUGUGGUCAAUGGUCAUGCCUGCUCUAGAGAGACAUGCGCUUACCAUCAAAUUGGCAAUGUAUUUGCUGAAAAAACUGGAAACGUUCAUGUUUGUGAUGACACAUGCAGGGAAGUUGUACUGGAUCCUACAAAUGGUCUGCUGGUGUGCAUUAUUUCAGGCCACUGUUUUGAUAGUAUUUUGUUAUCACCAGAUGAAAUGGAACCAGAUGUGGACCAACAACAAGCUGGUACGACAGACGAAGCAGAACCGUUCAUGGGCUCGGGUCUUUUUGCUCGAGCCUAUUUACUGGGAUAUAACUGCAAUGAUGAGAAGGAACUGAAAGCUGCUUUGCGCUUUUGCUGAUUUAACUUUUUAUCACCAUUGAAGGCUGUGGUGGGUUGGUAAGGUUCCUUCCACCUUGAACUAGAGGUCUCAAACUCGAGUUUUGGAAACAUGGAACGUCUUGGUAGGAGGCACUUUACUCCCCUCCUAGCGUGCCUUUCCAGCACGCUCGGGUUAGUCUGCUGGAUUUUCUCCAUGUUCAAAGAUGGAAUGAUUACAGUU